AUGAUUGACUCAACUCGCCGCGCUGUCGGCUCCCUGGCCUCCCGACGAUGCGUCUUCCCCAAUAGACGCCUGUUUUUGGCUUUUGCCUCUCGAUUCGCCAAUAGACGGCUGGUUUUCUCUAUUGCUGCCGUGUCAAUACUGAGCGCCAAAUGGAUUCACAUAUAUGCCCAUAUUACGGCGCUCCCGCCAACAGAAAUGGUUCGAUGGGGACUGUCUUUUUUCGCACAAGACACAGCUUUAUUGCUGAUGCUCCGAUUGUUACUGGAUGCUGAGCUGCCAUUGUUUGCGGCUGUAAGCUGUCUGCGUUUUUUGGCCACCAGCCUAGCGUGUGUCAUCACCUUUUUCCAGCAUGCCCUGGCGGCGAUCAAUAUUUCCUUCUUUGUUGUCGCUGGAUCUGAGCUUCACUGGCGAAACAUUGGUCUGGCGGGCGACUCAUCGUCCUGGUCUGUGCUUCUGACUGGGCUCGUGUCCUGCUCGAUUGCGUUUAUGGCUAUACUUGUGAUUGGUUGGGUUCUCCAGGACUUCAGCUUCGUCUUUGCCGGCAUGGCUCUCGACAUCGUCAAGUUGCCUUUCACAUUCUUGUUCAGCAAGAUACCCUAUUGCAGCCGAAGCCCGACUGCGACGGUGAAAUACGACUAUAUUCCACAAAAGGAAGCAGAUCUUGAAGAUGGAUCGGACGGCGAAGAGGACAUCAGCGGUGAAGGAAAACGCAAGAACUCUGCUCCGGCAACGCUCCGCGAGAAUAAACUCAUGUGGCUGUUUUACACAGUCAUUGGCAUUCUCUUGAUUACACAAGUAGUUUUGUCGAUUGUUCGGCCCAUCGAAAGCUCGCUCAUCUUCAUGUCCUGGACUCCAAUUUUGCUCCCAUUCAUCGAUUUUGCCCACUCCUCACCCACUCUCGCUAGUCUUCUCCCGUUCUAUGGCCAUAGUAUUGGCUGGGGCUGGGAUAAUGAGACUGCCUUGGCCGAACCUAUCCGCUGGAAAUGGCUUCCAAAGAUGGAAACCCCCCUUCCCGGAUUUGAGGAUUGGUACGAGUCGGGCAAGGACCACUACAACUCCGCUCACGACCCUCUCAAGAUAUCCAACCUGGAAGAUGACUUGCUGGCCCCUCUCCGAGGCAAGCUUGGUGGCGUCGACAUCCGGCACGUCGUACUAAUUAAGCUUGAGAGUACUCGCAAGGAUGUUUUCCCCAUCAAAAAGGACGGACAGAUUUGGAAAAAGCUUGCUGACACCUGGGAAAACGGCACACUACCUGAUGAGGUGCAAGAGCGACUUGCCACUCUGACACAGAACGCCAACUUUUUGACUGGUGACUAUAAUGACGGAUUUGAGCAUAAUGCUACUACACGACGUGGUGGCCUGAACGUAAACAACGACCACACCACUGGUACCUAUACUCUCAAGAGUCUUCCAGGAACCAUGUGCGGAAUCACGCCUCUGGUUGCCGACUUCAACGUCGAGUAUGCCAACCAUAUUUACCAACCAUGUCUGCCGCACAUCUUCAACGCCUUCAACGCCCUGGACCAUUCAAACGACUCCGCGAAAAAUACGGACGAAUAUACCAAAUACAAGUGGAGCAACACCUUCAUGAUGUCGGUUACGAAUACCUAUGAUAAGCAAGAUCUUUUGAUGCCCAAGCUGGGUUACAAGACGGAGGAACUUGUCCACAAGGAGUACCUGCAGAGCGAGGACGCCAAGUUCGGAAAGAACACCAUGCCAGAAAUCAAUUAUUAUGGCAUGGCCGAGUCAGCUGUCGAGCAAUACAUUCGGGAUGCCUUCAAGACCGCAAACGAAAAGAACGAGCGACUGUUUCUGUCACACCUAACCAGCACUGCUCACCACCCGUUCAAGAUGCCCGACGAAGAAAAGUAUGUUCCCCUUGCUCCCGAGGGAAAACUCGAGGAUCUUUCCCACUAUGUGAACACGAUUGGAUUCGUCGACCGCUGGCUUGGAAAGAUUUUGCAGAUUAUUGAGGAAGAGGGCUCAACAAACAACACUUUGGUCGUCAUGGUAGGCGACCACGGCCUGUCUGUUCCCGAAACAGGAGCUGUCACACCUUACUAUCAGCCCAAUGUCGGUAACUUCCACGUCCCUCUGGUCAUGUCGCACCCGAAUCUUCCUCCUAUCGACAUCAACACUCCUGUGAACUCGAUCGCUAUCCUACCCACAAUUUUGGACUUGCUCAUCGAGACUGGUUCGUUGUCCCACUCUGAGCGACAAGCAGCCCAGGAUUUGGUUCGCAAUUAUGAGGGCCAGUCUCUUAUUCGACCGCUUCAAACUUCGUCCAAGCACACUGGCCAGGCUGACUGGCAGUUCACCGUUAUGAACACUGGCCGUGCGCAGAUUGCGACCCGAAGUGCACGAGAUCCCAAGUGGCGCCUGGUUGUUCCAGUGAUUAAGGAUAUUGAGUGGCGAUUCACGAAUCUCGAAAAGGACCCUUAUGAGAAGAAUGGUGUUCUAUCAUUUGACUUUGUUACUUUCCUACACAGCGUAGAGAAGAAGUACGGAGCAGAUGCGGCUAAGUGGGCUGAAGAAGCCGCAUUCAUGACGAGGUGGUGGGUUGAUGAAAAUGCAAAGCGAUGGCGUUAUACCCCGUGA